AUGAACCCGAGCUGGUGUGUUUUGUUGGUAGCUAGUUUGUGUACGAUCUGCGAGUGUAAGUACGGGUAUGUUGUGUGGGAUGGAAACAAGGUGACGGUGAAGACUUCGGAAUACUUCGCGGAUAUUCCUGACGGAUAUGUCGCCCGCGCCACCUACAGCAAUGAAAUCAAUUCUACUGGUUGUGGAGUGACAUUUACCAGUUAUUUGAACUUAAACACCGAUUUUAAGUAUGUCUUUCCUAACGAAAGCUGGGCGUUCUUGGAGUUGCACUCGUCACGAGACUUCUCUGAUGAGAAGCAGGCGUAUGCGGCCGGCUACCUGGAGGGAUUCCUCACUAGGGACCUCAUCUGGAUGCACUGGCAGAACAUGCUCAAAGGGUACUGUUACAACAAGACGGACGUGUGCGGUCUCAUCGAGGAGUUCGUGGACAAAAACGAGGAAUACAUGUCUUCCAUGGUGGAGACCAACUCCAACAACUCGUACUGGUAUCAGAUGAAGUUGUACUACAUCCAGCUAGAAGGGCUAGCUGUAGGCUACAACGCCGCCACCACGGACCCCUACCAGUGGCUGACCACAAGGGAUAUUAUCUGGAUCAACAUGUUGGGUGACCUGGACGAGUUGGCAUUCGCACUAUCUCUGCCGAAGUCGAACCCUGAAAACAGGCUGUUUGACGAGCACUGCACCGGCCUUGUCAAGCUGCUUCCUGACCACUCCAACCUUUACGUCUCACAUGUCACUUGGAACAGUUACCAGUCGAUGCUGCGGUUGCACAAGAUGUACGUGAUGUACCUGCACGUGCUGCCCGGCGGAAAGAAGAUCAUACCCGGCUACAAGAUGUCGCUCACAUCGUACCCUGCUUUCGUGCAGUCACAUAAGAUUCCACGGCAGUCCACAGACGAUUUCUACAUCAUCUCGUCGGGGCUGACGGCCGGGGAGACCACAAUCGGCAACAGUAAUCGUUCUCUCUUCGAGCACGUCAAGCCGGUGGGACAGAUCUUGGAGUACGCGCGGGCUAUGGUAGCCAACCGGCUGGCGAGGACCGGCAAGCAGUGGGUCGACAUAUUUAGCCGACACAACAGCGGGACAUAUAACAACCAGUGGUUCAUAGUGGACUACAAGAAGUUCAAGCCGCGCACCACUCACACGCCCGGCUUCAUCAAGGAAGGCCUGCUCUGGGUGGUCGAACAGUUGCCUGGCAUCAUCGAGUCUGCAGACAUGAACGUUUCCAUUCCGCGCGCUGGGUCACCGCAGCCACGGCGCUACAGACGCCAAGAUCACGAGCGCCUAUCUUCGCGGCAGCUAUCGGUUCCUGGCCAUAGCUAG